CGCACUACAUACACCGGCACGGAAGGACGUUGCCACGGUGUUGACACUUGGCGCCAACCCUUCCCUGUCCAAAGUGUUGAGAAUUAGAGUAUCUACUGGCGUUUUACUUUUGUUCUUCGUUCUCUUCCAUUGAUCUUCAGUCAUGUCGGUUCAAGAACUUUACGCCCGCCUCAACGGCCUCGUCGGUGAUUGCACCCUUCACACUCUCGCCUUCUUCGGUGCUGCCACUCUCGUCAUCUCGCUCCUCAAGCUGUCCAAUGCUUUCCUGUCGUUGUUCGUCCUCAGCGGAACCAACCUGCGAAAGUAUGGACCCAAAGGUUCCUGGGCGUUGAUCACCGGAGCGUCGGACGGUAUCGGCAAGGAGUUUGCACUCCAGUUCGCUCAGAAAGGCUUCAACAUUGUCCUCGUUUCUCGCACCGCCUCCAAGCUCGAUGCCCUCGCUACCGAGAUAUCCUCCAAGUUCGCUGGCGUGCAAACCAAGACCCUCGCCAUGGACUUUGCGAAGGACUCUGCCGCCGACUACAAGCGCUUGGCCGAACUCGUCGAAGGGUUGGACAUCGCAGUCCUUGUCAACAACGUCGGCAAGAGCCACGACAUGCCCGUGCCUUUUCUCGAGACCGAAGACGUCGAGAUGGAAGACAUCAUCACCAUCAACGUCAAGGGAACUCUCAAGGUCACCAAGGUCGUCGCUCCCGGCAUGGUUGCGCGUCGCCGCGGCCUGAUCCUCACCAUGGGCUCCUUCGGCGGUUUCCUCCCGACUCCUCUCCUGGCCACCUACUCUGGCUCCAAGGCAUUCCUGCAGCACUGGUCCACCGCGCUCGGUGCCGAGCUCAAGCCCCACGGUGUCGAGACUCAGCUCGUCAUCGGAUACCUGAUCACCAGCGCGAUGAGCAAGAUUCGCAAGUCGAGCAUGAUGAUUCCCAACCCCAAGCAGUUCGUCAAGGCUACUCUCGGAAAGAUCGGACUCAAGGGCACUGCUGGUGGUAUGGCGGGUACCAUGACGCCGUUCUGGAGCCACGGUGUCAUGCAUUGGGCUAUUCAAGAGUUUUUGGGUGUUUGGAACGGAAUCGUGUUGGCCAAGAACAGGGAUAUGCACGCCAGCAUCCGCAAGAGGGCUCUGAGAAAGAAGGAACGCGAGGCGGCCGGUGUUAAGAAGGCCACCUAAGUUGGAGAAUCAUGUUGAGAGUGGGAGGGUGCGGACAAAAUCACAAUAAAAGCUAGAAGAUUCCUGACUGCAUUGUAUUCUCCUGUGAUUCAAACAAUUUAUCGUAGAUUUUCAGUCCAUUGUACAUGGGUAAUAUAAAAUGGUC